AUGAAGACGAAAAUAAUCAUCGUCCUGGCGUUGCAACUGGCGACGUUGGUGGUAGCCGACUCAAACCAGGAAGAUGGAAACAGUUUAGAGUAUCUAGAAGGGAGACUCACGAGGGCGAUGGACGAACUCAACAGAAAGGAUACCAUCGGUAUUUACGGUGAUAUCGUCACCCUGGAGAAGAUCGCGGAAGAUGGGGAGCCGUCGGAAAAGAGCGCGGAUCCUCUUGUAAGCAGAAUCGAAAAAUUUUUGCAGACCCGAAGAAUAGAAAUUAAUUUUCCUAAUGACGCUUCAACGGCCGGCUUGUUUGGACGCGCUCUUGGCCAACACAACAUCGACAUAGAACUCAGAAGUCUGACACACGGAGCGUCCGAAGCGCGUACAAGAUUGAAGAAGCUGAUCUUACCGCUGUUGCUCCUACUGAAAGUAAAGGCAGUGAUCAUUUUGCCCAUCGUGAUCACCCUGAUCGGAUUAAUAAGCGUCAAGGGCUUGAGCGUAGGUCUCACGGCGCUCGUGCUUUCCGGCGCACUAGCCCUGAAGUCCCUUGUCGCACCACCGCCACCGCCAAGGGUCAGCUAUGGAGUUGUAAGGCCGCAUGAAAUUCAUCACGAUCACUGGCACAGGUCGGAGCAAGAGGUCAACCAACCCUACAGAGGCUGGACACCCGAAUACAAUGGCGAACAGUAUCCAUACCACGAAAUUCCGUAGAAUGCAAUGCGCCUUGCCAUUCGUUCAUUUAUUUAUUUAUUUAUUGUGUGCCUGCAUAUACUUGUUUUAUGAACUAAAAUAAAUCAUUCUUCUUUUU